AUGGCGACGGGAACAGACCCGGCAAAACGAUUACGAUCCGACCUCUUCACUGAGCAUGUCGACAACACACAUAGCUGCCAACAGGUGUUGAAGGAUAACAUGCAUGCGUUGGAUUUUCUUCAAUUCUACCGAAGGACUAUGGCAAGAAGACUGGGUAAGGAGAAGAACUCGGAGAAUCUUGCUGGCACGCAGGCAAGAUAUGGCCAAUAUCUCCAGGAUCUCUGA